UAUUUUGUUCAUGCUCAUUACAAAUGAUAAAUAUUUUUGAAUUUUAUAAGUUUUUUCUUCCUCCACAAGUUGCCAUGUGCUUACCAAAUCCUCUAGUUGAAUACUAUUUGUUUACAACAAAAUUUGCCACGGUGUCUGGCUAGAUUUCAAAUUACACUGCUUAAUAACACUGGUUGCUGACCAGUAGGUAUUAUAGCCUAACCUCAAAAUUCCAAUACUUUAUAUAAUAUAAUAAAUAGCAAAUAAAAAUUCUUUUCUAUUUGGCUGUUCUAAUUUUAGCCAUGAUACCCAUUAUUAUCUAAUCUUUCAUUUGUUGCUAUUGCACCUGGAUAUAACAGAGCAGCUGUUUGCUCAAGACCUAUAAAAUUUUUUUAAUUAGCGAUUUUGUUGCUGAUCAAAAUUUAAUUAGUUACAAGUAUUUCCUAGUGGAGAGGCUCGCUCAAGAACACCUCAAGAAUCAAAAUUACACUUAUAACUUUUGACACAGUGCUCAGAUUUCAUCGUACUACACUUCAUUCUUCUCGUCUCGUCAAGGCGGUCCAAAAUCAUGCAUCAUAAGUCAAAUUCGGUCGAAAAAUGGAAAAUGUUAUGUUGAGUGUACUCAAGCCCAUAUUUCAAUACCCAAAAAAUGGCCAAUUUCUAUACAAUCUUUACAAUUCAAUGCCUAACAAAAUAUUCCUUCUUUUUCCAGAUGAUUUUAACAGUCUGAGCAAUUUUUCUCUACCUGACCAAAUCUCAGCCUCUGUAAAGUGUACUCUAGCAUGUAUGCUGGCACAUACAAAAUUGGUUGAUUCACAGACUGGUCGUUUCAUCAGUGCUUCUAGGAUAUUUAUUGUUAAAUUGCUGAUAAAGACAUUACAUAGCUCUAUCAAAGACUUCUAUCCUGAGUUUAAAGUCGUCAACAGUGGGGGAUUUUUUGAUACCUUUUUCAAUCUGGUUGAUAUCUGUAAGAAUAUAGAUAUUGAAAGAGGUUUGGAUAAAUGUGAAGUUGCAUAUAAAUAUACUCUUUGUGCUAUGCAGCAGCAAAAAACACUUUUUAAUGAAUUGAAGACUGAAUGGAUGAAAGCCAGAAAUGAGAAGAAACGUCGACGUCAAGAGUGGGAGAAACAAAAUAAGGAGGAUAGUUUGAGGAAGUCAAGAGCAGAUGCAGAAAUAGGGGAGGAAGAUAAAAGCAAACUGUAAUGAAGAAUGUAAAUGACGAGAAAGGAAAAGAAUGGUUACAGAAAGAGUAAUCAAAAAGUUAUGUUUUUCAAUCUUGAAACUGUUAAAAAAUACACUCUGUACAAUUCACAGUAAAAUGUUUUAUGAUGGUAUAGGACUAAUGUAGCUAGUAAUGAACAUUAAUGAAAUUAGUUUUAUACUUGAACCUAUAUAUUGAAAGACCUUUUGCAAAUUCAAAUCACUUCUAUAUAGGUUUACAGUGCGUCCAUUAUGUCACGCACAUCAAAAUAAACAUGUCUGUAAAAAGUGGGUUUUUUAUAAUUUUUGUUGUGUGGCUAACACAAGAUAGCUUCACUAUUUACUGGUAUGUAUAUGUAAAGAUAGUCAUUAUUGACAUUAAUAAAAUCGUAGGUAAAACAAAACACCAAUUUUGGCAGUAUAAAUUAUUUAUUGUGUAAAAAUUAUUAAAACUCGACCAUUAUUAUAUUAUUUUUCUGUGCAUUUAUACAGAAAUGUGAAUGAUAUCGUUUAUCGUUUAUUAGGUAGUCUACUUGGAUUAUUGAUAAAAUUCAUCAUCCAUAGAUUAUCAUCCAUCAACAGAAUAAUUGUCUCAUUUGUACUGCUGUUAUUAGAUUAAAUAAAUGUACAGUAUUUCUUAUUUUUAGAACUCGUGGCUGGAGCUCAUGGCUUCUUUUUCCAGUCACAAAAACUAUUGUAUUUUAAUGAUUAUUUAUAUUUUUCAAAACAUUUCUUGUAUUUGGCACUAAAUUCAUUAUUUAUUUAAAAUGUAAAGAUUGCAAAAGGUUACAAAUAAUGCAUCAAACAAUAUUCUUCAAUGUUGUUCUCCCAUCACUUCUUACUAUAAAAUCACUUUUUUGUUAAAAAGAAUGACUAUAUAGUAGUCAAAUUUUUUGUAUAAAUUGAUGAAUUCAUUCACUAUUACUGUGAAGAUGGCGGACCUGCCGAAUCAAAAGAUCUCGAUGCCACAGUACCUAAGUGAAUAAAAUCAUUUUCUUGGUCAUAUGUCAUAAGCACUUAAGUCCAAAAACAGUUUUGAGAAAAUGGAGUCCAAAGUUUUCUUGUAUGUUCCAACAUAAUUUCCAAGAAUAUUUUUGAUCCUAUCUCAAUGAAACUUACAAAGUAGGUUCAAAAUACACUCAUUCAUGAUUCUAUUUUUCCAGAGUAUUGAAAAACUACUGAUUUAAUUAUGACUUGAGUUGUUUGGUCCAUGUAAAAGACGACAUAAGUGGAUUUGAGUCAUUUUACCAAAUGAUACUUUACACCAUCCAAACAGCAAGCUAUUCACAUUUUAAAACUAACUACAGUAAAGUGUUUAUACCCAAGCAUAGAUUCCCAAAAUUCAUCUGCAAUACCUGAUUUAAGAUACUAUAAUGGUGUUAAUAACAGAGUAGGACUAAAGUUGUUUUACCAAAGUGUAGAUCUCGAAAUUCUACAUCCGGAUUUGUGAAGUUAUCUCAUUUCUUUAAAAAGUGCUUGUAUCAAAUGACCAAGGAUUCAUUAAAGAGAUUUGACUGCUAUUCAAUCACGAAAAAAGUGAUUCAAUAAUUAUACUUCAAUCGUCAAUAAAAUUUAUUUUCAAAUGAUCAUUUUUAGAAUAGAGAUUGAAUAUUUUGUUAAUCAUUUAUACAUUGUCAAAACACCAUCUGCAACGUUAUAGAACUCGGAAGAGGAUAACACUAUCUGUCUUAUGGGAUGAUAGCACAGAGAAGAAGUUAGUAAGAGCUAUAGGACUAUUCCAAGUUGCAUUCUUCAUUUAUUUAUUGAAUUAUCUUUUCCUAUUGAGAAAUCAUUCAAUGCAUAGAACUUCAUUGUUUUAAUUGUUAUAGUAUUCUAAUUUGUAAUGUAAUUGUUUUUGAUGAAUAAAUUUUAUUUGAUUUGAUUCUAAUACAUUCCUAUGAUAAUAUUUAGUUACCCAUAAAUCGUUAUCAGUACGUUAUAAUACGUUAGACGUUUCAUCAAUCCUGCAAUGUUUUAGAAUUUGGUUGACAAAUUUUGUAACUGAACAGCUGUUGUAAUCUCAUUUCACAUGCUCAAACUCGCUUUCACUCGUUUCCACCAGACUACUAGUAGUUAUGUGAACAGAAGACCUCACUCAGUAUUCUCAUCCACAAUUACCUGACUGAAACUGUGGCUUCACCACACAUCUGUGUAAUCACUUGUCAGCUGAUUUAUGAUGAAUAAUUCUAUA